UGUGAUCUGUUCAAAAAUUAGCACUUGCGCUCAAAAAAAGAAAAUGUUUCAGGAGCUUGGUCGAAUUUCUCCACCCUGCUACGAUGCAUAUUCAAUAGCAGAUUACGAUAUAGUUAACAGUGCUAUUUUCGAUUCAUACAAGUACUCCAAAGCUAUUUUAGAAGCAGCAUCGUUGAGUCACAGUGUUUUUGGAUUACUUUUUAUAGAAGUCUGGGUAUCAAAUAUAUUUUUUAUAUUAAAAUUGGCAUUUGAGUGUUCUCACAGAACACUUGUAAAAGUUUUGAAGAAUAAAGAAGGUAUUUUUAAUUCGGAUUUCCAAGACUGGAAGGAAAAUUACAUUGUUCUUGUUAACUUAAGUCGGAAAGCUGAUUGCUUUCUUUCCCCACUUGUGUUUAGCCAUGUUCUGAUCACGCCUGUUUUGCUUUGUCUCGGAGGGUUUCAACUUUUGCAGAUGCAUCAAGAACUUUUCAUGAAGGGUUUUGACAGUAAAGCUGUGUCUUAUUUUCUGAUUGUCUUUUGCCUGUAUAGAUUGUCAAAUCUAUGUUUUGCUGGAGAUGAAUUGAAGGCAGAGGUAACUGAUAUUGCUAAUAAAUUACUAGAAGGAGAGGUAUCAGAAGUUCCGAAAUUCAUUCGCUUUCAGCUGAGCUUAAAACAGGAGAUUUAUCAAGCUGUAGGCGUUAAUCAAAGUACUGAUAUGCGUCCUCAUCAAAACUGUCAUUUCAGUUAUGAAUUAAUUCCCCAUGCGUAUUAA